AACAUCCAAAUAUUUCGAGCAUCGGCGUCUUGGAGUUCUGGUUCUGAAGGUUAACCCACCUCUUCCCAGCCACGAAUCUUACACUCGAUUCAAGACUGGCCUCAAGACAAGUCCAACGCAGAAGUCGCCGAGAAAGCGAUAUCCAUUGGCGGCUCACAUAAUACUUCCAAUGCCAUGUCUUUACCAGGCUUAACAUUACCCGGUCUAGCUCCACCGCAGGCUUCCGCUACACCUCUGGCAAGCACCGCGUCAAUAGCGAAGCCUCCAAGGAUCGAAUCACUUCAACCCCUACACGAAUGGAGAUUCGAGGUAGGCUUCAAACAACAAUACAAUGUCAAACUCGAAAGCGGCUACGCGGAACUCUUCGGCGUAGAACUGGCUCCAAAGCAGACGUACACAUUUUCUGGUUGCAAAGGCGCAAUUUUCACUUGGCAAGGAUGUCAAUUAGAGCUCAGCGGGAACGCUGAGAGUGAAUAUGCUGGUCAGGAGACAGAGUACGCUGUGGAGUGGUUGAACGUGCACGGAAUGUUGGAAGGGAUGCGAGCACCGACCUCGAGCGACGCACCUCGAGUGCUUGUUUUGGGACCAGAUUUUGUGGGCAAGAGCAGUCUCGUGCGCAAUCUAGCAGCGUGGGCUGUCAGAACCGGUCAUGCACCAACAGUGGUGAACCUAGAUCCUCGUGAAGGUCUGCUUGCGCCGCCUGGCAGUCUCUCAAUUGUGACUGUGGAUUCCUCACUUGACAUCGACAAUGGCUAUGGCAUCAGUUCAUCGUCAGGUCCAACAGUGUCACCUGUGCGCACCCCGCUCAUCUAUCACUUCCCGUAUCAGUCACCUUCUGAGAAGCCUGAAGUCUUCAAGCACAUCACCACUCGUAUGGCACUAUCUGUCACCAACCGACUUGAGGAGAAUGUCGAGGCGAAGCGAAGCGGCAUCAUCAUUGACACCCCAGGCUCGUUCAAUGACCCGAAAUCAAACUACGAUGUGAUUGCUCACGUUGUUUCGGAGUUCAGCAUCAACAUGAUACUCACGAUAGGCUCCGAGAGAUUAUCCAGCGACAUGAGCAGACGAUUUGCUAGCACCAAGAGCCCGGACGAGACCGUGCAUGUACUGCGGAUCACAAAGCCAGGUGGCGCUGUGGAAAGAGAUACCGAGUUUAUGAAACAGGUUCGAACACAAUCGCUUCGGCAAUACUUCUUCGGGUCAAGCAAAGAGUCGCUUAAUCCUCACUCGCAUACGAUUCCCUUUGCAGAUCUGGACAUAUAUCGUGUCAGGUCUGGAGCAGCGCUCAACACUGAGGAUCCUGCCUUCGGAGCCGGAGAUGAAGGCGACGAUUACGAUAUUCCUUACGCGAACAAACCAUCUGGUAAUACGACAUACGAGAAAGUAGUACCGUCGGCUGCUAUGACUGGUGGCUUACUCGCGAUCAAAUUCUGCUCUGGUGGCGCCGACGAGCAGACGAUUCGAGACAGUGGGGUUAUGGGCUUCCUGUAUGCGGCAGACGUAGACGAGGCGAGGAAGAAAGUGCGCUUCCUAGCACCGCACCCGCAGCGAUGGGGCGAUCGUGCUUUGGUAUGGGGUCACGGCUGGCCUGAGGCGACGGGAGAUCUGGUUGGAUAGGCAUUGGCAGAGAUCAUGCAGAGCAUUGAAGGACAGAAUGAGAAAGCCGCAUGCUAUAACAUAACUUCAGAGACCAUGAUGUCAAGUGCAUUACCUGCUUAUGCCAAUUUCACAACCAACUGCGGCCCACCUUUUCCU